AUGAACCACCUGCGCCGCAUCGAGCACGCGGCUGACACGCCCGAGCCGGCGCCCGCCGCCGUGGACGCGUUCGAGUUCGAGCCGCCGGCCAGCGACCCGACCCACGAGGAGGAGCAGCGCCGCCGCGCGCCCUACGACCCGGCGCUGCAUAACGAGGACCAGAAACAGGUGGCGGACAUGGUGCAGUGGGCCUGGAAGGGCUACUCCACGUACGCGUACGGCCACGACUCGCUCAACGUCAAGACGUACAAGGGCACGGGGCUGCCGGACCACGACAUGGCGCUCACGCUCGUGGACGCGCUGGACACGCUGUACCUCGUGGGCAUGUUCGACGAGUUCGACCGCGCGAGCGAGUGGGUGGCCAACAACAUGGAGCAGCGGAUCUUUCUGAGUGGGUUUAUCAGCUUCUUCGAGACGACGAUCCGUCUCAUGGGAGGACUGCUGUCGUCCUACUACAUGUCGGGCCAUGUGCACUUGCUGACGAUUGCGAACAAGCUGGGAAGCGCGCUGUCGCCCGCUUUUGAGGUGUAUGAGCACGGCAUCCCCCCGAAGGACUUUGAUAUCGUGACUAAGCGGACACGAGCUGACCCGUCGUUGGCGGAAGUGGGCACGCUGCAGAUAGAGUUCAAGUAUCUCGCCCGGCUCACGGGGUACUCCAAGUACCAGGAGCAAGUGGAUCGCAUUUCCGACUCGGUAGGGCUUGCGAAUUUGGAGGAAAAGUACACGAACGGCCUCUUGCCUGUUCAAAUCAACCAACAGAGUGGAAAGAUCAUCACUUCGAAGGUCACAUUGGGUGCCAACGGUGAUAGCUACUACGAGUACCUGCUCAAACAGUGGCUGUUGUCGGGCAAGAAGGACGAUAAGUUCAAGACGCAGUACAUGACAGCGGUGGACGGAAUCAUGGACAAGCUCUUGGGCACAUCAAAGCCCAAGGGACUUGUGUUUAUUGGUGAGCUGGUCUAUGGCAAGUUUGAGCCCAAGAUGGACCACCUGGUGUGCUUUGUGCCGGGUAUGCUGGCCCUUGGAUACAUGAACGGUAUGCCGGAAGAGCACCUCACGCUCGCGAAACAGCUCAUGGAGACUUGCUACCAAAUGUAUGCGCAAAUGGAAUCCAAGCUCGCCCCCGAAAUCAUGUACUUCAACAUGAUGGAGAACGUCGAGGAAGACCUUGCCGUCAGUGCGACUGAUGCCUUUAACCUGCUGCGUCCUGAGACGGUGGAAAGCUUGAUGGUGCUGUAUCGCGUGACAAAGGACGAGAAAUACCGCGAGUAUGGCCGCGAAAUCAUGAAGGCGUUUGAAAAAAAUUGCCGGUUAGAGCGCGGCGGAUACGCAAGCAUUGGCAAUGUGGCCAAGGGCCCCAUUCACAUUGGUUUCCGCAACGAAAUGGAGAGCUUCUUCAUCGCCGAGACGCUCAAGUAUCUAUUCCUGCUCUUUUCGGACGACUCGGUGCUGGCGUUGGAUGAGAUCGUCUUCAACACGGAAGCACACCCGUUCCCGAUAGACAAAACUGCUGCCUAGACAACUGAAGUAUCCGUCUUCAAUACGUGCCGUGCCUCAAUUCGAGUGAACCACCACUGUACCCGCGUACGUUAACGAUU